UCCACCAUUGACGAAGCUCCAUUUUCCGACAACGAACGUCGCAUCAGCUCCCACCAUUAAUUCCGGCGUGCACCUCCGAGCAGGCCCGCCGUCGCCGACGUAUACUCCAGCGAGUAGCUGUUCGCGAGCGAUCCCAGCAUUCAGAGUUUCGAGUUCCGUCGAGGCUCUGUUCGUCCCAUCUUGUUCCGAACCGUUUUUCCCGAUUUCUCGUAAAUUCCCAAAGACGGGUAACUUUUCGAAACCCCCUCAAUUAUUAUUGUUCAGAAUUAUAGCAAUCAUUUUCUUUCGUUCGUUAAAUCGUUGCGUUGGGUUUCGAAUUCGGUUUAUUUGUCUAUUCGUAUGUUCGUUGUUUUUUUCGUGCGUACGUGGACUUUUCGGGAAUAAUUGGAACUCUCGAUUUUAUAAACGUGUAUACCGUUGUGUUGUUUAUUUAAGGGGAAUAUUGGGGCAAAUUUUCCCCAUCUCCUUACAACAUACACAUAAUAAGUCUUACUACAUAGAAGAGAUAGUGAGAUUUGAGAAGGAAGGAACACCGCAAGAGCACCGAGAGCACCGCACGCGCACCGCACGUAGGGAUGGCAGCGGUUCGGUUUCGGUUCGGAUAUCCGCGGUUUUUGGUUCUGCGGUUUUCGGUUUUGGUUCUCAAAUUUCACCCACGGUUUUGAGGUUUUGGGUACCCGAAAGUCUUCGGUUUUGGUGCGGAUCCUAUAUUUCGCCCGUGACCGGUAUCAGAUUUCAGAUUCAGUUUCAGUUCGGUUAUAUAUGCUUAGAUCAUGAUAUUGUUAUCAUUUACAAUGUUUACAUUAGUAUGAGUUUCUGCGGAGCACAAGUGUUUAGUGCUCACGCCCCCACACAUUUCAUGUUUUUCAGGUCGCAGGAUCGGGGACGAGGAGUGAGCUGGCGGGCAGUUCAGGAUAUUUGUGAAAUUAUGU